CCCAGCAGUGAUAUGUGCGGAAUGAAACACAGCCCAGCAGUGAUUUGUGCGGAAUGAAACACAGCCCAGCAGUGAUGUGUGUGGAAUGAAACACAGCCCAGCAGUGAAGCCUUCAGUGUACACACACACACGGAAGAUCUGCACAGCAGCGGCACGAAGGCAGAGGAGGGAAAAAACAACUUAAAAGCAGAUAAAAGAGGAAGAUGGCUGCUCAGAACAGGAGCUUGGUAGAUGAUUACUCCAGAUACCUGAAGGCGUUCGAGCUGUUUCUGGAACGUUCAUCUGAACACCAGUGUAUGAGAGACUUCAUCCAUAAUACACUUCCAAACAUCCUGUCCACUGUUGGAGCAGGAAAGUCCACUCUGAAUGUUAUGGGGGUGGGAAGCGGAGGAGGGGACAUAGAUCUGGAAAUCCUCACACAGCUGCACACUAAACAUCCUGAGGCCCGAGUGGAGAAUGAUGUGGUGGAACCCAGUGGGGACAUGCUGUAUAAAUAUAAAGUUUUAGUAGCGAAGACGUCAGGCCUCGAUCACAUCACCUUCAGGUUUAAUAAGAUGACGGCAUCGGAGUUCGAGAGCGACUGGAAACAGAGGAACAUUGACAGGAAGUUUGACUUCAUCCACAUGAUUCAGAUGCUGUACUAUGUGAAGGACCCAGAGGCAACGGUUUCCUUCUUCCGGAGUUUACUGCACAAAGACGGAAAACUCCUCAUUAUCCUGGUGUCAGGAGAUAGUGGGUGGGGUGGGUUAUGGAGAAGGUACCGAGAUCAGGUGCACAGUCGCUGUGUCUCCACCGCAGACAUCACAAGGUUCUUAGACGCCAAAAGAAUCCCUUACGAGAGCCAUGUUUUUGAGUCCAGUAUGGACAUCACAGAGUGUUUCACAGAUGGAGAUGAGAAAGGAGAGCUGAUGCUGGACUUCCUGACAGAGAUCCUGGAGUUCAGUAAGAACGCUUCUCCAGAGCUGAAGGCCGGAGUGCUGGAGCUCCUCAAACAGCCCGAGUGCAGCCGAGAGGUGGACGGCAGGGUCAUGUUCAACAGCAACAUGGAGGCCUUGGUGAUUGACCCAUAACUCUGAAAUGGAGACAUCCCACUACAAGCCUCUUACUAAAGCCUUAAUUAAUGUCUGCUAUUUAAUUGUGGAUGAAGAGCUAAAUAAUUAUAUUAACAAUUAAAUGCUUUCAGUAAUCCUGUCAGGGUAACUCAUGCUAGCUGGCUAAUGUUGUCUGGAAGAAUAUAAACAAUCAUAGCUUUGCUAAUGAAUUUUGCUCAGGGAUUUUUGUUACUUGAGUAGAAUUAGUAGUAAACACAUGUUAAGUUAGUACAUGGUUGUUAGUGUGGUGGAAAUUCACCUCUUUAAGAAGUCCCUACUAAACACGAAGAACUUGAUCACGAGCCACGUCGCUGUUCCUCAGAGCGUGACAGAUGGCUACAAUGGAUGAAGAAAAAAAUCCUUCCAAAUGUCAAAUAUUCAUUUUCUCUGCAUGUACUGUGUAUGAUUUUGCAUGUGAUGAAUAAAAUUUUAUUUGAAAUCUUA